UGUCGAUCUAAUGGGAAAUAUUUCGGACCAUUGAGACGUUGGAACAAAAGGGGCGUCCGAAUUACAGCAUGGCACCCUCUGCUCGACCCGUCCUAGCCGGCUGAGACUAUCGUGGUCUCAUGAGCACACAUAGUGUUUAUCUCUGUAGAUCAGUCCAGCCGCUAGCCCGUGGAAAGAGUCUCCCAGACAUUCAAAAUGAUAAGAGGAUGUUUUACUUUGUGAUGAAGAAAGCAGCGCCCCAGCCUGCAAGUCUGCAGAUUGUUCUGUCCCGGGAUUAAACAAUUGUCUGAGGAAAUCACAACAAAUGAUGAAGCAAUCAAACUAAUUGAUCCGUAGGCCAGAUGAUAAAAGAUUAACUGAAUUGAAUUAACUGACAGCAAGAGGGUCACUUAGUUAUUAAUUCUGAUUGGUUGAUUUAUUUUAGUUUAGAGUUUUUUGGACAACGCAAGGCCAUGCUCAUAUGUGGAAAUCAAUUGCUACGCAGACAAUGCCAGACUGAAAUUCCUGGGGUACUCAAACUGGAAUACUGGGAAGGUCUCAUGAGACCAUCUCCAUCUUCCCCAACAUCAUAUAAUGCGGAGCUAAAUAGUGAUGUUUGACUAUGAGUUGGUCUUUGUGGUACAUGACCAACAUCGUUGGAACUAUUUUGGGAUUUCUCUUAUAAUUUAUUGGUAAUAAAUUGAUGUCAAUGCAAGUAUGUCUUGGAGAUUACAUCCUGCAGGGAAGAUAUAAUUGGAAAUAAAAGGAGGUAGGUGAGUUCAAGGUUCACAUUUGUAUUUAUUUGUUGUACAACUAGCAGUAAAAUGCUUACUUUGCCUGCUCUUUUGAAUAUACUCAAACAAUAAAUGAUAAUCAUAAAGUUUAUUACAAGUAUAAGAUUGUACAGGUGAACUACAAGUAUGCAUACAAGUAAGAUGUUGGUGUUCUCUGAUGUUGGUGACCUCUGAUACUGAUGUUGUUGCCCUCUGACCCUGGCUAUGCCUGAAAUUCUGCUACUUUGGCUUCAUGUUAUGAUCUUUAAGGAUAUGCUGCCGUCUGCUGGAAGCCAGGGCACAUUACAGACGGACAUGCUUAGGGGAUUCCUUUCAAAGGUGGUAGGUGAAGUCCGACAGCAGGGUCUGAAACAGGCUUUCCUCAUUAGAAGGGAAUCAUCUUCUUGACAAAACCCGGCCACUUGGGAAGUGGACGGGUUCUUCUACAAGCCUGUAUUGUAUUCAGGACCGUCAAUCUGAGUAGGUAGACUAGUCUUUCCUCUGAAAUUGUUUAACUUAACUUUCUUUAUCCGAUUCUCUCACAGACAGUCUUAAUGGGUGAUCGGUUAAUUGGUCGGUUCAUUUGUGUGGUUCGACUUCGUAGCCUAUACUGUUUACGGCGAGAGAUUUAGAAGUGUUGGCUAAAAUUUAAACGAUCAACAUGACUGGUUCUAAUUAGAUUCAGAAUCAGAAUUACUUUUAUUACAUCUUAUUGUACUAGUACACAAGAAUGCCAUUAUUUUUAGUGGAUUUUAGUGGAUCCUCGCUGUGCAGAGCUUACGCGCCCACUUCACGCCAUCCCAUAAUAUCCCCAGUCAGACAGCUCCUGCAGUGGUCCGCCACGAGAGAGGCCAAUGUUUUGUCCAUUUUUCUGCCUCAUGUCAUAAAGUAGCUAAUUAGUGUCAACCAGCAUAAUUAAUGUGAUGUUUCCCGUUUCAGCUGGCGGCAUGAAAACCACAAGGCUCGUUACUCAGUUAUUGGUUCUGACAGGAGUGCUGCUGCUAGACACUCCAGUCGAAGUCGGUGUGGUUCAAGAAGAAGGGGAUUUAUGUGAAAGGGAGCAUCUAUGCAAAAGAAAAGAAAAUAUAAUUUGUUUGCCGGAUGUGUCUUCAUAGUGAAUAUGUAGUUGUGGUAAACUUUUGAUUGAGCAUAAACAGUUACCCUCAUUAUAAUGCAUUUUGCAAGUUUAGCAUUAUAAAAUAUAUAGGAUGUUUUAUGUUGGAUAUUUGAAACCCUUAUAGAUCCACCAUUUAUCAUUAGAUAUCCCACCUAUCUAUCGACCGGAAGACUUAACACGUUAAUCAUACAAAUACAAAUAGCUUACCUAGCCCAUUAGAAUUUGCUUUUCAAUGCAUCACCAGUAUGUGUGUGUGUGUGUGUGUGUGUGUGUGUGUGUGUGUGUGUGUGUGCGUGUGCGUGUGUGCGUGUGUGUGUGUGUGUGUGUGUGUGUACACUUGAUUGGUUUUCUGUGAAAGUGUGAUAUUUGGCACCAGCAAUGAUCUGUACUUCAAGAGAUGUCAAGAAGUUGUGUAAUAUACUUCAACUGUACAGAGAGGGAGUGGGAGAGAGACAACCACCAUAAGCACCGGCCUCAUCCUGUCUCCUGUCUCUAGCUUUCUUCCGGGCUCACCCCACCUGUGUUUCUCGCUGCCUGUUACCUCUCUACGUCUCUGCCUGCCUCCACGUGUCUCUACUGAUGCCUUCCAGAUGUUUGUUACUGAAGACCCUGCUCAUCCCCACCAUGAACAAGAUGAAGAACUUCAAGAGGCGCUUCUCUCUGUCGGUGCCACGCACCGAGACCAUCGAGGAGAACGAGUACACGGAGCAGAUCAACCAGCUCAACAUCCGACACACCCAGGGGCUGGAUCACCACCAUGACAGUCUGGGUGUCCCGUCCCAAGACCGCAGCCCAGUGACUCCUGAGCUGGCCCCCACUGGCACCCAAUCCCCCUCCCAGCUGCUGUACCACAGCAAGGCCCAGCACCGCCGCUUCUCCAUGGAGGACGUCAGACAGCGCAUGUCCCUGUCCAUGGACCUCCGCCUGCCCUCUGAGCUCCUGCAGAAGCUGCAGCUGGAGAGCCAGACCUCGCCGCCGCCGACCCCCGCCUGCAAGCCCCUCAGCCGCGUCUCCCGGCGCGCCUCGCUGUCUGACAUAGGCUUUGGCAAGCUGGAAACCUACGUUAAGCUGGGAAAACUGGGCGAGGGGACAUAUGCCACAGUUUUUAAAGGGAGGAGCAAACUCACUGAAAACUUGGUGGCACUGAAAGAGAUUCGCCUCGAGCACGAGGAGGGAGCACCCUGCACGGCCAUCAGAGAGGUGUCUCUACUGAAGGACCUCAAGCACGCCAACAUCGUCACCCUCCAUGACAUCAUCCACACAGAGCGCUCUCUAACACUGGUCUUUGAAUACCUGGAUAGUGAUCUCAAGCAGUAUUUGGACAGCUGUGGAAACCUGAUGAGCAUGCACAACGUCAAGAUCUUUAUGUUCCAGUUACUGCGGGGUCUGAAUUACUGCCACAAGAGAAAGAUCUUACACAGAGACCUCAAACCACAGAAUCUGCUCAUAAACGACAAGGGAGAGCUCAAGCUGGCUGACUUCGGGCUGGCCAGGGCCAAGUCGGUCCCGACCAAGACCUACUCCAACGAGGUGGUUACGCUGUGGUACCGCCCCCCCGACGUUCUGCUGGGCUCCACAGAGUACUCCACCCCCAUCGACAUGUGGGGAGUCGGCUGCAUCAUGUUCGAGAUGGCCACUGGCCGGCCCAUGUUCCCCGGAGCCACUGUGAAGGAGGAACUCCAUCUGGUCUUCAGACUCAUGGGGACGCCGACGGAUGACACCUGGCCGAGCAUCGGCAGCAACCAGGAGUUCAGGUCAUACGUGUUCCCCCAGUACCGGCCUCAAGCCCUCCUCAACCACGUGCCCAGGUUAGAUACAGAGGGAAUCGAUCUUCUGAAUGCACUAUUAAUGUUUGACACUAGAACACGGGUCAGCUCAGAAACGGCCCUGCAUCACUCCUACUUCCUGAGCCUGGGGGAGAACAUCCAUAGCCUGGCCGACACGGCCUCUGUGUUCUCUCUGUCUGAGGUGAGGCUGCAGAAGGACCCGGGACACCGUAGCUCUGUGUUCCAGGCCCCAGGCCGGGGCAAGAACCGAAGACAGAGCAUCUUCUAGAGGCUGGCCCUGCCGGCGCUGAGGACAACACCUCAUCCAUGAAGACCCAGGCUCAUAGGAACAGACAACAUGGCCCACUCGCACCACACACACACACACAACACCACACACACACACACACCAACACACACACACACACACACACACCACACACACACACACCACACACACACACACACACACACCACAACACACACACACAUAUCACAGGCUAACACAUAUCACAGGCUAACACAUAUCACAGGCACACAAUGGCACACACGCAAGGGUUUCCUUUUGAGGAUGUACUCGGCUGCACUUGAAACUUGUUGUGAAAUUAGCAUUCAGGGCAGAGGAUAUACACACACACGCACACACACACACACACACACACACACACACAUUUACACACACAAAAAACACACACACACACCACACACACACCACACACACACACACACACACAUUUACCAUUGCACUCGUGUUAGAUCACGAAUUCAAGAUUAAUAUGCCGCGGAAUAGUCAAAUACACUAGAAAUACAUGUGUUAGCCUCACACACACACACACAAAACACACACACAUCUUCAAUUCAUUCCAAUGCACAAACCGAAAACACACUGCAUAAAGUAUAUGUACGAUACUUCAAGGAAAAGUACUUUCUAACUUAACGUCCCCCUCCCUGACUUCAGAGUGGAUCAGUAGCAAUAGCUGGGACGUACUUUGAGGUGAAGUCACCAUCUCUUCCAGCAGUGACUCGGUGUCGGGGAUCGUUGUAACAGUUUACGGGUGUAUGCUCGCACGUAGGGGUGUGUUCUUUUGUUUUAGUUGAAAAGUUGCCUUAGUAAAGCUCUGUGCAUGAUGAUAUGGCUGUACUCAGAAUCUAUGACCGAUGGGGCUCUAGUGUAGCAUGUGUGUGUGUGUGUGUGUGUGUGUGUGUGUGUGUGUGGUGUGUGUGUGUGUGUGUGUGUUGUGUGUGUGUGUGUGUGUGUAUGUGGGUGUGUGUGUAUGUGUGUUUGUGCGUGAGUUUGUGUGUGUGGGUGUGUGUUAGGGAGCUUCUACAGCAAUUCCCUGUAAAUAGUUCGCCGUCUGUGUCCGUUUUUCCUAUUCUCCUAUUGCACAAACCCAGAAGUGUCCUCUAGUGUCAGUUCCUGACCCCCCCCCCC